UUAUUCCUGAUCAACUUCUUUACUUAUAAGUUAUAACAUCAUUUUAUUCCGAAGUGAAAUUUACGCUUAAUAUAGAGGAGAUGAGACCGUAGUUAUGUCUAGUUUUGGUUCACCCCCCAACACACUUCAACAAUGGAUGCUGAACAUUGUAGAUGGCAGUUGGGCGGCUAUGAAAAGAUUAACAAUACCAAAUGUCGUAUAUGCAACGGUGAUAUUUUCGACUCUUUCUACGUCUGCUACCACUGCGACAGUUACGCCCAUGCUGAUUGUUACACAACAAUCAAAAAUCAUCCUUUUCAUCCUUCCGAGGAACUUAUAUUUCUUGCUAACGAAUCCUUCAUAUGCAACUGUUGUCAUACACAGAUGAGCAACAAACCUUGUUUCACAUGUAGGUAUCGCCAUAUCUUUUUGGAUGUCCAUUGUGCAAGAAUGCCACCUAUAACGAGUGAUGAUUUUGAUAACCAAGAUCACAUACAACAUUUCAGUCAUCCACAUCCGAUGCCACUUAUUCUCGCAACAGAAAAAGGCGGAUUAAGUCUAAGUGAAUGCUUUGCUUGUCGCUUGCCAUGCUUCGCGGGCAAAGCUUAUUAUGGUUGCAAACCCUGCAAGUAUUUUUUGCAUGAAUCAUGUGCAAAGUUGCCACUACAACUCGAAGGUGCGUCUUUUCACAAACAUCACGCUUUAUCCCUUCGUAUUGCGAAUCAAGAAUUCCUUGUAUGCACAUUAUGCUACAAGAGUGAUCUUGUUUUCGCUUACGAAUGUGGUCAGUGUGAAUUCCACUAUUGUGUGAAUUGUGUCACUUGCACAUCCAGGCAAACAGUAAAAUAUGAAUAUCAUGAUCAUCCUCUUUUUUUUCUCGACAAAAUUCACACUGGUCUGGUGGAAUGUGAUGAUUAUGAUUCUUAUUGUAAGAAUCCAAUUUUGGCUGAAUGUGAAGAAUUCAAGUAUACCAAUUCAUCUGUAUUUGGUUGUGAUCAAGAAUGUAAUUUUAAAGUUCAUUUGCUAUGUGGUCCAUUACCUAGCACUCUUAAAUAUGAAUAUCACAUACAUCCUCUUAUUUUGUUUGAUUUUGUUCUCAACAAUGAUUAUGGAGACUUUUACUGUGAUAUUUGUGAAAUGAAAAGAGAUCCACGAAUACGUGUAUACUUUUGUGAAGAUUGCAACUAUGUUGCUCAUGUUCACUGCCUUACAACUGAGAUUAUAAAUACAUUAAAGGGAGACCUUAAAGAUGUAAAGUUGAAGUCAGUAGGCAAUGAUCUUUGGAAAUUUCCUGAAGAAAUGAAUGGCAAUUUAAGAAUAGAAGAUAAAGAGCAGAGCAUAUCAUUGACUUUGAGGGAUCUCAUAUUAUUUAAAUUAACUGAAUCUGAGCAAUCCUCUCUUGGAAGUUGCUUUUGGUGGGAUGAAAAAGAUGAAAAUAAAGUGAGUAGAAGGAGAAUGACCCCUCAACUUGAAGAUAAAACAAUUGAUGAGGUUCUCAAAUUUUCCAACUUUACAGAAGCUCAGUUCAUGCACUUUAUUUUCAGAGAGUUUGAGAUUAACUUUGACAAGAACUUUGAUGAAAAGAAGAUGAAGAUUGAAUCAAGUGAUCUAGCAUUGAAAAUAGUUGAUUUUAAAGGUUAUUUCAUACCUUUAAAUCUUCUUUCUGUUUUCAAAACAUUACUUCACAAAUAUGGAGAUAUUGCUAAAGGGUUCAGUAAAUCAAAGGCAUACAAGAGCAUAUGCUAUUUCUUGGUAUGUAAAGUGAUGAAAGAGAUGCAUACUACUUUGAUCAUAGACAUCACCAAAGAUCUUCUUCAACGUUGGUUUAACUACAUCGUAUUUGCAGAAUUUUGGGGUUACUUUGAUGUGGAUUUUCUUGAGGCAUCUCUAAGGGAGAUCACAAGAGAUUUUUUCUAUCUCAAACUAACUCAAAUACUUGAAGUUGACAUUCCAACAAUCAUAAGGGGGAGGAUAAAAGAGGUACAGAAGAAGAUAGCUGAGGAACAAAUGAAGAUAGCAAAGGAACAAAACAAGAUGAUAGUGUAUAAAAAGUUUUGUGAAUCUACCUCAAAAAAAGGGUUUAUGAAGGAGGGUUUGAACAAAGUGAUGAAACAUAAGUGGAAGGUUGCAAGCAAAGUGGGUAAGUUGCACUUGGAUUGAUUCUCUUAUGCUUUGCAUCUUCCUACUCUUUAUUGAUGUAUUGAAUUGUAUUGUGUGUGAUUGUGUGAUGUUGAAUAAUUUGUAAUUUAUUUAAUGCAAAUGAAACCCUCAAAAAAUCGUUCCACUA